AUGCUAGAAUCUGGGCCGGAGUGUCGCGGCGAUGCUGACGUGGCGUUGAGACAAGCGAGGGAUCCUGAUGUGCUGGCAGAUGGGGGGACAGAUGCUGACGUGGUGGUUGACGCAGUGGAGUAUGACUAUAUCGAGGAUGAAAAUCAAGCUACGGAUCAGAGACUCGUUAUAAGUCAGAGCAUACGGACAGUUGAGGAGACGGACGAGCUGAAGCGGCUGGAAGGGCAAGAAGAGAGACGAAAUGAUCUGAUAGAGAGUGCAGCUCCAGCGCAGGAGCAGGCGCAAUCCCAGGUGCAGGAGCUAGCUCAGGCGCAGGUGCUAGCUCAGGCGCAGGAGCAGACGCAGGUGCAAGUUCAGGUGGACAAUUUGGAAGAGCGCAUUUUGCAGGCGCAAGCGCAGGUGCAAGCUCAGGUGCUUGGAUAUGAAUAUGCACAUAAGCACCUGCAAGGGCGCGAGCAGGACGUGUACGAUAGUGCGCUUAUAGCGGAUCACGUGUCUAAGCUUGUAGCGGAGCAAGCACUAGUUGAGCAGGGGGGGGAAGAGGGACAGGGGCGGAAUGAGCAGGCGGCUGGGCAAGGAGAGGAGGUCGAGCUUAGACAGGUCGAAGGGGAGGGGCAGGGGGAGGGGAGGAGUGAGGAAGAAGAGGCGGCGGACAGGGGAAAGAGAAUGGAUGGACAAGAGGGAAAGGAAGGAGGAGAGGAAAUGGAGGCGGGAGGGGCAAUGGAGAGGGGAGGGGAAAUGGAGAGGGGAGGGGAAAUGGAGGGCGGAGGGGGAAUGGAGGGGGAAGAGGGGCCGGAUAUCGAAUUGGAGCUAGUGAUGGGGGACGCUGAGCUGGACGAUGAGGAGAUAUUUGUGGGACAGCUGGCUGCUGACGUGGCGGAUGUCCGUGCACCAGAUGGCCACGUGGCACGAGCCCACUGGCAAGCCACGCUUGAGGAUCUAUCCGCGCCACAGUAUGGUGCAGAGUUAUGUAAAAGAGGGCGUAUAUCAUCAGACAAUAGCGACUUUGCUGAAGGGAUAGCAGCGAGACACGUAGCAGUAAACGAGGCGUAUAAUAAAGAGUAUGGUACAGAGUUACCUGCAAGGAGGCCCCUAUCAGUACUUGACGAAAGGGGCAUUGGCGAAGGGGAGAUAACACGGGUAGCGGCUACAGCAGGGAAGGUAACACCUGAAGCAGCAGCAGCAGCAGUAGCAGCAUUGGCAGCAUCAGCACCAGCACCAGCAGUAGCAGCAGCUGCAGAAGCAGCAGCAACACAAAUAUCACCUGCUGUAGAGAAGGUAGGGGAGGAAGCAGCACCAGCACCAGCAGCAGGAGGAGUUGUAAUACCUCCAGAAGCAGUAGCGGGAGGGCCAGAUGUGCCUGUAAUAGACGGGCCUGUAGAGGACGUGCAAGAAGCAGCAGGGCAGGCAGCGUCUGAAGCUGCAGCUGAAGCAGCAGCAGCAGUAGCUCGAGAAGCAGGAGAAGGAGAACUUGAUGUGCCGGUAAUAGAUGGGCAUUUAACAGACCUGCAAGCAGCGUGCGUGCCUGCAGGGGAUGUGCCAUUAACAGGUGUGCCAGUAACAGGCGGGGCUCUAGAGGAGGUGCAAGCAGCUACUGAUAGAGGUGAUGAACGAUCGGUACCACCACAAAAGGAGACGAUUACCACUGCUGCACCUGCAGUUACUGCCGUUCCUCCUCCAACUGCUGCUGCUGCUGCUGCUGCUGCUGCUGCUGCUGCUGCUGCUGCUGCUGCUGCUGCUGCUGCUGCUGCUGCUGCUGCUGCUGCUGCUGCUGCUGCUGCUGUGGAGAAGGGAGGCGCGUCCAUUGCCCACCUGAGAAUCUACCUGAGGGGCCUGCGGCGAGAAGGCGACCCGAAACUAGAGCACCUGCAGGACAUGUUUCUCUCGCACGGACUAACUCUUGAGGACAUCAAGCUUGAGAUGCUAUCAGUCGUGCAGCUCUUCGCCACCCUCGUCAGCCCCGUGCGAACCGGAGCAAAGAACAAACCCAAGCUCCUCACCAUCAUAGCCACUUCCGAGCCUUGGAACAGACCUCAUGCUAUGGAGAAGCGCCUCGUUGCCGCGGCUGUCACCGGGCCUGUCCCGGGCCUGCCGCCGGAGCUGGCCGCCGCGGCUGCGGCGCAGGUUCGGGUGGGGGAGGAGGAGGUUCGGCGGUACGGCGGGAUGCUGGAGCGGUUUCUGGAGAGCCCGAGGGAGUGGAAUCUGGUGGAUCAUCGGGGGGAGUUUCAGUUCAAUGCUAUUUUUGCGUUCCUGCGCAAGGCGCAUGUAUGCGAGCCGCUGUUGCUGCAGCACUAUCAAAGUCUCUUCUUUGCACAUCGCCUCACCCUACACGACCUGCGAGCGUGCAAGAAGUGGGUGCUCAUGCUGCUCGCUCUGCUGCUGGGCUUCUCUGGCCGCCUGGACGAGCUCAACAAGAAAGACCUGAUUCAGGCCAUAGCAUCAACAGAUGCUUGGAAGGAGUAUGAGACGAGACAGGAGACUCGUCCGAAUGGACAGUGCGGUGCAAAACAGUGUGGUGCGGUUUUAGAUGGGCCGCUUGAGAGUGCUAGGGGAGUCGGAGGGGCGCAGGCGAAUGGGGCCUUGGAGAGGAACGAGGGGAGCAGGGCUGCUGGGGGUGAAAGCAGAGAACGAGCGAGUGCAAGGGAGGGAGGAAUGGUUGAGUUCGGUUCAGGGGUAGUUGGGGAGACUGGGGCGGCUGGAGGAGCAGGAGCAGUAGCAGCAGCAGCGGCAGCAGGGCGGGAUGCUGGGUUUGUAGAAAACAGGGGAGGCACACAUGCGCCUACCCCUUCUGCCACCGAUGCUGCUGCUGCUGCUGCUGCUUCCUCUCCUCCUCCUCUUGCCCCUCCUGAUGCUACCACUGCCGCUCCACCUGCUUCCACUCCUCCCCAUCAUCACCUUGUCACUAACGUCACCGCUAAUCAAAUUCCUGACACUCAUGUUAACGAUAGCACUGCCCCUGCUAUUAAUAGCAAUGAUGCUGAUAAUGGCAAUCACUCCAGGAAAAGGUCUGCUCCAGGAAGAAUUCGGCCGAUCAAAUGCGCCCGUCUGCUGCCGACCUCCCGCCAGGACCGGUCGGCGUUCCUCGUCCGUGUCCGACAGGCAGAGGACAACGAGUUGGACGGCGUGCUUCGGCAGUUUCUGGAGGACCCAAAGCACUGGGCGUGUGCGUUGAAAGGAGGCGUGGUUCCGUACCAGCAGGCGUUCUUCGCUCACGGCAUUGGCAUGAACGAGCUGAGGCGGGAGAAGCGCACGGCCCUGGAGCUGUUUGCAUACCUCAUGGGCGUCACAGGCAACAUGCGGGCAUGGAAGAAGCACCGGCUGCUCAAGAUCAUAUCCGAGAUUCCGCCCCCCUUCCGCCCCCCUUCCGCCCCCCUUCCGCCCCCUUGCUCCACCCCAGGCAACAUGCGGGCAUGGAAGAAGCACCGGCUGCUCAAGAUCAUAUCUGACAUGCCAGCCUGGCAGAUUCACGCCUCGCGAUUGGUCGAGAUGGGCUUGGGGGGAGGUGUAGGGAAGGGGGGAUGGGGGCAAAGGAGGGGUGCUGGUUGGGAGGGUAAGGCGGACGGCUUAGGUGGUAGUUACUUUGGCGCUGCUAGUGGGGAGGAUGGAGGGAGGUAUGGGAUGGAGAGGGAAGCAGGCGAAGAGGGGGAGGAGGGGGAGGAUGAGGAAGGGGAGGAGCAAGGGGAGGAAGAAGGAGAGGAAGGAGAGGAGGGAGGAAGAGAGGAAGCGACCAGGGGAGAGGAAUUAAGGGAGAGUGAGGGGCAGGGUCAGGGGGUCUUGAGGGGUGAAGGGGAGGGAUCAGCAGCAGCAUCUGCAAACGCGGCUCUGGAGGUAAGGGAGAAUGAGGCGAAGGUGGGCAUUGGGUGUGAAAAGUGGAGGGAGGAGGGUGAGGGGAUGGAGGAGAAUCGGGAUGAGAGGAAAGAGAAUGAGGAGAAGAAGGGUGAGGGGAAGGGGGAGGAGAAAAGGGAUGAAACGGUGGAGAAAGGAAAAGGGAAUGAGGAUGCCGUUAUGACGACCUGUGCAGUGGUCGAAUCAACAGAACCACGUGCAGUUACAUUGGCACGAGGUGCACCGAAUAUACCUAGUGGUUCCGAGGCACGCACAAACGGUGCUGUGGGGUUGGCAGGGGUUGGCUUGGAUUCGCCCAGUGGGGCCAAAGCUUUGACAAGCAGUGCUGUGGGGUUGGCAGGGGUUUCAAAAGCAAGUGGUCUGAGUGGUGUGGUCAGGAGAGCAGCGGAGAUUGGUGAGGGAGGGGAGGAAGGGGAGGGAGGAGAGGGAGGGGAGGAUGGGGAAGGGGGGGAGGGAGUGGAGAAAGGGGAGGGAGGGGAGGGAAGGGAAGGGAGGGAUGGUGGAGCAGGAGGGGAUGGAAGGCCAGUAGGGCGAGCACUAGCAGCAGCAUCAACACAACCAGCAGCAGCAGCACCAGCACCAGCAGCAGCAGCAGCAGCAGCAGCAGCAGCACCAGCACCAGCAGCAGCAGCAGCAGCAGCAGCAGCAGCAGCAGCAGCAGCAGCACCAGCACCAGCACCAGCAGCAGCAGCAGCAGCAGCAGCAGCAGCAGCAGCAGCACCACCACCACCACCAGCACCACCAGCACCACCAGCAGCAGCACUAGCAGCAGCAGCAACACCAGCAGCAGCACUAGCAGCAGCAGCAACACCAGCAGCAGCACCAGAAGCACCAGCAGCAGGAACACUAGCAAUUCCACCACAGCAGCAGGUGAUUGCACAGAAGCCAGUAUCUUUCCAAGAGCUCAUUUUUGCGGAUGGGGCUUUGGAGGAGGAGGAAGGGAGGCUGGGUUGCCUCUGGGAGGAGACUAGGGAGGGACAGGGACAGGAUGCUGAUUACGAGAUGGGGUGCAGAGGAGACAAGGGGGACCGCAGAGAGAAUGAGGAGGAGUGGGCGGUGGGGGACGCACAGAGCCGAGCCAAGGUGCCGCAAUUCUUCCGAUACCUGCGACACCUGCAAAGGAUCGCCUCGCCCCUGCUCAAGGAGUGGGCGGUGGGGGACGCACAGAGCCGAGCCAAGGUGCCGCAAUUCUUCCGAUACCUGCGGCACCUGCAAAGGAUCGCCUCGCCCCUGCUCAAGAGCCGUGCCAAGGUGCCCCAAUUCUUCCGAUACCUGCGGCACCUGCAGAGAAUCGGCUCACCGCUGCUCAAGGUGAGAGCGUGUGUGUGCUUCUGGUGUGCGUCUGGGGUUCAGGAGUGGGCGCUGGGGGACGCACAGAGCCGUGCCAAGGCCUAUCGUGAAAUCUUCCUGUCGCACGGCCUCUCCUCCUCCCAGCUCCUAGCAAUCAAGGAGCAAGCGCUCAUGCUCCUUGCUGCCCUCUUUGGGUAUCGAAGGCAGCUGGACGGGAAGAACAAGGGGCAGUACGCUGCUGGAGGAGACAAGAGCUCUUCCCCACAAUUCGCUCUCCUCCCCCUCCUGCCCCGUCUCCCCGUCUCCCGCUCCCCUCUCCCCACCACUCCGCCCAUCCCCCCCUCCCCCCCCUCCCAGGCCUAUAGGGAGAUCUUCCUGUCGCACGGCCUCUCCUCCUCGCAGCUACUCACCAUUAAGAAGCAGGCGCUCAUGCUCCUUGCUGCUCUCUUUGGGUACCGUAGGCAGCUGGACGGGAAGAACAAGGGGCAGUAUGCUGCUAUCAUCACCCAUUCAGCCUUUUGGAGAGAGCCCGGGCAGGGAGGGAGAGAGGGAGAGGGGCAGGGGCGAUCUGAUGGGCAAGGGCAGGGGCAGCGGGGGAGAGAGGGGAAUGGGAGAACUGGCGUUGUGCUUUCAGGAGACGUCUUCUUGAGUGCGGGUAAGGAGCGGCGAGAGGGAAGAGGGGAAUUGCACGGCACAGAGCAGGGAGACGGGAGUGAGCAGCAUUGCACAGAGCAGCAGCAGGCAAUGGGGUCAAGUGUCGCCUUUCACUUGAUCUCACGAGAAGAACAGCUGUUGUGGAAGCGAGAUCAAGUGAAAGGGGGGGGGAGUGUGGUGGCUCGAAGGGUUGGCGCUGCCGCCCCACGUGAUAUGACCGAAGGACUUGUUACUCCGCUUGCUGUGCGUGAGCAGGGUGAGUCAGGUGUGAGGGGUGCGUGCUCACAAGAAGGGGCGCCAGCAGCAGCAGACAGGGGAGCAGCAGCAGGGGCAGAAUCAGCAGGGGGGAGAACAGGGAAAGGAGCAAGUGAAGGAGCAGGGACAGAAGACCGAGGGACAGGGGGCGGGCUGAGGUGGAUGAAGAGACGAAUUCGCGUGCACCAGGGGAGUCAAAGGAGCAAGCAGAGAGAGGCAGCAACAGCAGCAGCAGCAGCAGCAGCAGCAGCAGCAGCAGCAGCAGCAGCAGCAGCAGCAGGAGCAGCAGCAGCAGGAGCAGCAGGAGCAGCAGGAGCAGAAGCAGCUAAAGAAGCGGAAAAGGGGCGGCACAGGGCGGGCAUGUGGUGUGGACUGGAUGGGAAUAUCAGACAGUGA